GUGUUCAGGCGGUGCUCAGUGUCCGGAUGGCGGCGCGCAGACUGGAAGCUCAGCGUAGUGAACUCAGAUUCAGGGCCGCUCCUGCAGCUCAGGCAGAGCACACAAGGCAUGCCUGCUCCCUCCCUGCGCCUCAGUUUCCCUGCCGUGUUUCCUGAUGCACAGCGUUUCCCCCUCCCUCCUUGCAGGGUCACCUCCGUGCCUGGCCUGCAUCCCACCACCCCGCUGCACCAUGGCGUCCCGCAUCGGGCUGCGGAUGGAGCUGAUGAAGCAGCAAGCACAGCAGGAGGCUGAGCGGGAGCGUGCCCAGCAGCAGCUGAUGAUGAACUACAUGCAGCAGCAGCGCAUGCCAGUGGCCUCCACCCCCGCCAUCAACACCCCCAUCCACUACCAGUCCCCACCGCCCGUGCCUGGAGAGGUCCUCAAGGUGCAGUCCUACCUGGAGAACCCCACCACCUACCACCUGCAGAAGUCACGGGACAAGAAGGUUCAGGCAUAUCUCUCUGAGACCUAUGGGAACAAGUUUGCUGCCCACGUCAGCCCUGCCAGCCACUCACCAAAGCCACCCCCGGCUGCAUCCCCCAGCGUCCGGCCCGGCCACGUCAUGUCCUCCUCAGCAGGCAACAGCGCGCCCAACAGCCCCAUGGCCAUGCUCAACAUUGGCUCCAACCCUGAGCGGGAGUUUGAUGAGGUCAUCGAUGACAUCAUGCGCCUGGAUGAUGUUCUGGGCUAUAUGAACCCUGAGGUCCACAUGCCCAACACGCUGCCGAUGUCCAGCAGUCACAUGAAUGUCUAUAGUGGGGACCCUCAGGUGACCGCCUCUCUCGUUGGUGUCACCAGCAGCUCCUGCCCUGCCGAGCUCACCCAGAAGAGAGAGCUGACAGAUGCUGAGAGCCGAGCCCUGGCAAAGGAGCGCCAGAAGAAAGACAAUCACAACCUGAUUGAGAGGCGGCGAAGGUUUAACAUCAACGACCGCAUCAAGGAACUGGGGAUGCUGAUCCCCAAGGCCAAUGACCUGGAUGUGCGCUGGAACAAAGGGACGAUCCUGAAAGCUUCUGUGGACUACAUCAAGAGGAUGCAGAAGGACCUGCAGAGAUCGCGGGACCUGGAGAACCACUCGCGGCGGCUGGAGAUGACAAACAAGCAGCUGCUACUCCGCAUCCAGGAGCUGGAGAUGCAGGCGCGCGUGCAUGGGCUGCCCACCUCCUCGCCCUCAGGUGUCAACGUGGCCGAGCUGGCUCAGCAGGUGGUCAAGCAAGAGGCCGGUGCAGAUGAGGGGAUGCUGGAGCCACUGCUGCCCCCUCCGGACCCCGAGUCACAGCCGGUGCUGCCUCCACCGCCGCAGUCUCCCUACCACCAGCUGGACUUUACCCACAGCCUGAGCUUUGACGACGGCUCCCAGGGCUUCCCGGACAGCCUGGAACCCGGCCACAGCACUUCCUUCCCUUCCCUAUCCAAGAAGGAGCUGGACUUGAUGCUGCUGCAGGACACCAUGCUGCCCCUGGCCUCCGACCCCCUGUUUUCGGCCGUGUCCCCCGAGGCCUCCAAAGCCAGCAGUCGUCGGAGCAGCUUCAGCAUGGAGGAUGCAGACAUGCUGUGACGAGGAGCUGCGCCCGUGCUGGGGGCGAGGACUGGGCCUUCAAGUUUGGUUAGUGAAGUCACAGGGCACUCUUCCUCCUGGGGGAGGAGCCCGUCCUGCUGAGCACUUGAAUCUACAUAGGAGUACAUUUUCUCUAUGCAAUGGGGGUCUCGCUUCAAGGCUCGCCGGGUACCACCAUGUCUUUUGCAAGCUUUUUGUUGCCCAGAGCUGGAGCCGACCUUCUUGGCUUGCCAUGGCGUUGGCCUGGCUGCAGCUUUUCCAGCCAGGCAGCAUGAUCUCGGCUGCUUCGCCUUCCAACAUGUUCCUGCUGUGCUCCAUGUGUGGGCUCGGAGCUCCAUGUCCUGGGUGUGAUGCUCACAGCUCUCUGCCUCGCUGCCCCCUCCCAGUAUUCCCCUGCUGUGCCACUGAUGGCUUUUGAUGGCUUUGUCACAGUGUCACCUCCCUGCUGGGGCUCCUCCUGACAGUGCCUCUCCAGGGUUGUGGGGAGAAACGGUGCUCCAGUGGAGCAAGCAAAUUCCCAGGGCAUGGGAGGGGAUGUCCUAUGGAAUUUUGUUGCUUCGAUGUCCUGGAGGUCCAGCAGUACUGUGUCCAUCAGCCUCCACCCCACAGAAGUGCCUCUGCCCUGAAACACCACACUGUGCUCUCAGCUGGGGAGCAGCAUGUGGUUUUGAUGCUGAUUCUUUGCGCGUGUGCUGAGAGCUGACGUCCUGCCCUGCAUCAGCAUGGCAGCUGUGCCAGGCGUGGUCUGUGCCCAUUGCUAAACCUGAGCAUCACUGCUUGUCCCACUGUUGGCAGCAUGCUCCCAGCCUCACCCAUGGGGCUGUGGGAUGUGGGUCGUUGCUUCCCUGGCAUCAGGGGGAACGGCUCAGAAUGAAAAUACUGCACUGAUCUGCUCUUCCAAAGGGGAGCACGAGGGAAGGCUGCAUGGAGCUUCUGCAGGGCCCCAUCACAGCGCAGCGCUGUGGGGCUGGGGGAGGUUGGGUGUUGGAGAUCAGAAGUCAGAGUGUGCCCUGUUCCACCAUGAGGAUGGGGAACAGUGGGGCGAGGUGGGGAAGGGGUGCGUGAGGCAGCCCCCGAGGAAUGCAGGAGAGGUGACUGUGUGGUGUGGAGGGUGUGGGGAAGUGUGGAGGGUGGGGUAGAGGAGGGAAGGGGCAGAGGGGAGAUGGCAGCAGGGCUGACAGGGGCCAGUGGAAUUGGGGCUGUUUCAAUCCAUGUGUUCACCAGAGGCCUUUGGGCAUCACUGCUGUUAGUGCCUGCAAAGACAGAGCGCCUCCAGGAUGGGACAGUGGUCCUCCAGGAUGGGACGAUGGUCCUCCAGGAUGACAUGAUGUCCUCCAGGAUGAGACAGUGUCCUUCAGGACAGGACAGUGGUCCUCUAGGAUGACACAAUAUCCUCCAGGAUGGUUGUGCCAGGCCCUUCUGCUGCUGGGGGGCAUCUCCCAGUGCGUGAGCAAGCAGCUGUGGAUUAUUGUUAUUUUUUAAAUCUUUUCAGAGGUUUUGUUUGUUUUUUUGGUUUUUUGGUUUUUUUGUUUUUUUGUUUUUUUUUUUAAUGCACUGUGCUCUGAUUUAAAAAAAAAAAGAAAUUUUACUACUGUUUUAUAAAGAAAUGUAUAAAAGAAUGAACUGGAAUGGAAGAAGAAUCAUUAAAAUAUAUUUAUUUACAACAUACUGGA